GUCAUAGAUUAGUUCAUGCAGUUAGCCUUUGAUAUAAAUCAAAACUUUGGGCUCAGGUUGUUAGGUGAUACCAGGACAUUGAAGUCUGAAUCUGAAGGCUUCUUACUCCUGGAACUCCGUUGGUCCCUUCUUUUGAUGGAAAUGAAUCACAGGCCGGUCUUAUGGCUGACAGCCAAAGCUUCACGGUUAUCAGUGUCUCAUUCAGAGAACAACCAUGUGGCGAAACCAACUCGAAGCAGUUCGGUGACCAGACCUUCUAUUUCUACUUCCCAGUAUAGCACCUAUUCCAAUAAAUCAACAUCCAUUCUCAACACAAGUUCUGCUUCUGUUUCAUCUUAUAUCAGACCGUCUACACCUACCAACCGACCCUCAUCAAGGCCUUCUACCCCUUCUGCGCGUCAGACAGCAUCUAGAUCUUCAACUCCUUCUAAACCCCGUCCUACGCACAGUACCUCUUCGAUUGAUAAACCAAGAGCAACCCAAAAUUCAAGACCAUCUACUCCCACUUCUAGGCCUCAAAUUUCUACAGCCUUCAAUUCUCCUGCUCCUCGAACUACAUCAAGGCCAUCAACACCAACCCGUCGAAAUUCCACACCAUCAUAUUCUCCCGUAUCUGGACCAUCAACCCCUGGUGGGCGUAGUCUCACAAACGGGAAAACUGCUACUUCAGUUUCACGACCAAGCUCCCCUGGACCACGAGUUCGGGCUCCGCCACAACCAAUCAUACUCCAUUAUUUUCCACAUGAUACACCACCAAACCUUAGAACCACUUUGCCAGAUAGACCAAUAUCUGCUGGGAGGUCCAGACCUGGUGUGGCUCUCACUGGAAAAGGGAAUGCAGAGCCCAUCACAAACAGUGCUAGCAUUGCUAGGCGACAGUCAUCUCCAGUGGUAAGCAGGGGAAGGCUUCCAGAACCCACUGGAAUGACCCGAACACCUUCCAAUGGACCGUCGAAUGAUGUUGUUGACUCAAGGAGAGAGUUGUCAUCACGGAAACCUGCAAAGACAUCCGCAGAUAGCACAGGGUUUGGCCGUACAAUCUCAAAAAAAUCUCUUGACAUGGCCAUACGGCAUAUGGAUAUACGAAAUGGAAACAAUGGGUUUCGAGGAUCGAAUCUUUUCCCUCAAAGCAUUAGAUCCAGCAAUCAGAAAGUACAUCCAGGUACAGCAUCCGGCAACAGAAGCCUGUCCGUGGCAGAAAACGGCAGCCGGUUUUCUGAGAGUGGCAGUGAGGAAGACAAGUCUCAGUGUUGUGCAAAAUUAAGCAACAUUGAUAUUUACGAAAGUUCCCGGUACGACAUGAUUCUUCUGAAAGAGGAUCUCAAGAACACAAAUUGGCUACAUAGUAUUGAUGAAAAGUCUGACCAAGAAUCCAUCUUUGAUAAUGGAUUUGAACUUCUGCCAGAACCAUUUGAUCCAUUAUAGCCUUCGUGACUUUGUUUAGUCCCGAAUUUUAUUAUUCUUUUAAUCAUGAAAUGUUGAGGGACAAGAGAAUGUGAUUUAUCAAUUAUCAUACAUACCCCUAUGAGGUGCAUAGGCAUUGUUGUUGUACGAGAUAUAUUGUAAAAUUUUAACAAAGAAACAAAAUAUUUUAAAAUUUUAAUAA